AUGCUCUCAUACAUAUUCGUCCCUGAGCAGGCAUCAAGUUUCUCUGGCUCUGUCUUCUUCUUCCUCCCCUUCAACACAAUGCUCCCUUCACCAGUCGAGAUGACAUCCCCGGACCUCUACAAUAUGUUCUUCGAAUGGCCUUCGACAGAGCCGCAUGAAGUUAUUGUCACUGGCACUUUUGACCAGUGGGCCCGCACGAAGCAUCUCAACAAGACUGCUCGUGGUUUUGUGGGAACUGUCAAGGUCCCCUGGGGCGAGAAGGUCAAGUACAAGUUCGUCGUUGACGGGAGAUGGAUGACUCUCAAGGGACAGCCCACUGAAAUGGACCCUGGAGGUUACAUUAACAACGUUUUCACUGUCCCCCAAAAACCUUGCAUCGAACCAUCCCCAGAAGAAGCGCCCGUCGAGACUCCCGCCGUCUCGCCCGCCAAGCCGGAAGCAGUAGAGGAGAAGGAUACGUCCGCGAUAACCUCUGGCAGCGAAGCUGCUGCUGUUUCUCCCCCAGAGGCCGUGGAGAAACGGGCUUCCAAGAUACCCAUCGUAUUCGUUCCGCUCAACUCUCCCGAGCACAACACUGUUGGGUCAUCUACCGCGCCCUCGCCUCCCGACUACGUUCUUCCACCCUCCCCGCGUGCUGCUGCAGUGAGCGCGGAGAGUCCGACGGUCCCAGCUGUCCCAGUCGAGUUCCACACCGCUCUAUCGAGCCCUAUCGACAAGGAACCCCAGGUGGGGUCUGAGCCCACUGAACCCGAAGUCCCUUCCGCCCCGGUCCUCCAGACAGAGGCGGAGCCAAAGGUCGAAGAUGAAGCUCCAGCCGAUGUCUCUACUGAAAGUAGUGAAGUUCCGAAACUCGCAGAGAUAGCGCCUGCAGAGGAACCUUCUCCCCAGGUGGAGACCCCUACAGAAGCCAGAGAGGCUCCGGUUGUCGCUGCGAACGAGGAUGCGGCGGUACCAGUGAACGGCACACCACCUCUCUCUGACGUCGAGAAGGAGAACGAAGAACAGACUGGCCCGUUGACCCCUGUCGAGUCUGAAAAUGUUGAAGCGUCCCCUGCCAGUGCGCAGCACGAGAAAGAGUCUACUGCCGCCACCGCGUCUACCGUCGUCAACGAGACACCAUCUACCCCCACGCCCAAACCUGCCGAAGCACCAGCAGCAUCGCUCCCAACUCCACCCGCCACUCCCGCCACCCCAUCUAGGAAAACCAUCCCUCGCGCAUCUUCUCCUUCCCCUUCAUUUGGUUCGCCAAAGUCAAAAUCCGGUACUAUUUCUUCCCGGAAGAAGCGCUCUUCGAUAUUUGGUAAACUGAAGGGUAUCUUCCAUCAUGACAAGGACAAGGAGAAACAGGCUCCUACCAAGGACGGUAAAAACUAG